AUGACGAGUUUGCACAUCAACAACCUUCCCGACGAGCUCCUCGUUGCGAUUUUCUGGCCCUCCAAGCGUCUCUUCUCCCGCCAGUCCCACGAUGACGCCGUGUGGGCGUCCGUGUGGCCAACCCCGCGGAUUAUUCGCGAAAAUGCUGACGAGUCGUCGUAUCAACAGAGCGAACCCUUGUUUCCAAACCCAAAUUUCCCCCCAGCUUUCGCCGACGCCGCUUAUAACCUCCUCGUCGCGUCAGUGUGCCGUCGCUGGCGUCGCCUGGCUGAGCGCCACGUCACGACGCUUCUCGUCAAGGAAAGACGCGACGUCUCUUGCAAGGAUCUCUCCGCCGCUCUCAACCGCUUCCCAAACCUCACACACCUUCACCUAAACGACUCUAGCCUGGAGACCAUCGACGACGCCUUUCUCGCUCGCGUCGCCGCAUCGUGCCCUAAUCUGACUGCUUUCCACCUGGGGGGAGGGAUCGAGCAGAACGUGGAUGAGGAGGAGGAGGAGGAGGGCCAGAGGUUGCUGACCAGAGCUGGCUUGGACGUUUUCUUCCGCCGGUGCACGCGGCUGGAGCAUCUAUCUUUGGGCUGCCUCUCCAGUUGUCUCGUGCUCCCACCUCCCUUCUAUCAGCUCGCGCACCUCCGCUCGCUCGCGAUCGCCGAUCGGUCGGCGUUGUCGGCUCCCGGACUCAAGAAUCUAUCUUCUCUCACCGCUCUCUCCCUCAACGCGGCGAUCUGGUUCCAGGAUCUGCAUAUCCUUGCUUCGUUCCCAAGCCUCACCCAUCUCUCCUUGUCGGAAAGGAUCUCUCAGUUUCAACCAAGGCCGCUGCCUUCUCGUCCCUUCUCGUUCGCGCAUCUGCCGUCGCUCAAGUCGCUGAACCUGGGUGACAGCUGUCCGCCGUUCGACGUCAUGUUUCCCUCAGAAUCGCCCUGCAGCCUGCUCGAACGCCUCACGCUCGACCGCUGCCAUGAGCUCGCCGCUCUCCCACACGACUUGGAGGACCGCCUGCCGUGUCUCCGCGAGCUGACCAUCAGCGGGUGCAGGUCGUUCCUCGAGCAACCAGAGCAGCUCACCUCCCUGACGAGUCUGCGCAGCCUGAAGCUCUCCGACUGCAGUUUGGUCGGCCUGCCUCAUGAUUUUGGGGAGCUCUCCGUGCUGAAGACGCUCGUGCUGCACAAGCUGAAUGUCGACCUCCCUGCCUCGUGCAGCCGGCUUAAAUCUUUAGAGACGCUGCUAGUUACAGUCUGCCCACACCUACGCGAGUUACCAGAGGGGUUCGGCGCUCUCACUGCGCUCAAAUCCCUAGGCCUUGCCGGCUCACCUUCUGUGAUCCUUCCUGAUGACAUUGGAGAGCUCACCAACCUGCAGACUCUCUUCCUGAAGUCGUACCAGCAGCAUCAUCUGCGUCCCUCCUCUUUCACCCACCUAGCGUCACUGACAAGGCUUGAGCUGCAGGAUUGCGCGUUGACAGAGCUCCCAGAGGCGAUGGGGGAGCUGAGAAGCCUGCGGGAGCUCUACAUCCAAGCCUGCUCGCACCUCCAGAAGCUCCCAGACUCCGUUUCAGCCCUCCUGGGCCUCGAAAUUCUCGAGGUUGACAACUGCAGCAGCCUUUUCUCGGUGCCUAGGAGUUUUGUGAACCUGACGAGGCUGAAGGAGUUGGAGCUGACCGGCUGUGGGUUGCUGAGAAAGGCUCCCGAGUUCUUGCCCGGGUCGCUAGAAGCUCUCAGCGUGGCGAGUUUACAUCAUGUCACCCGUCUGCCAGGUGCCUACAGUCUUCCGUGCUUGAAGAAACUGAGCCUGUACAUGGUGAUUUUCCCUGCUGCACUCUCCAGCAGCCUUUCCUCUCUGGAGCAGUUGAAGCUGUACCUGGCUUGGGAGGAGGAGUUCCCGGUCCACCACGGCUCCAUCACUUCUCUUCCUUCCAACUUCUCGCGGCUCAGCAGGCUGCAGAUCCUGGAUUUGGAGGAUUGUAAACAGCUAGAGGCACUCCCUGAAGAUCUAGGAGAGCUGAAGCUGCUGGUGAUUUUGAAUGCUCAUGGCUGCGACAAGUUGCACGACGAUGAAGGGCCAACUUACUUCGCCUGCCUGAGGGGUGCGAUUCGUACCGUUGGAGGUUCUAGUGAUUGCUUGUAG